AUUACGCAGAAUCGUCACCGAUGGGUUGGAAGUUGGAACAAACAUUAUAUACCUAUCAUUUGUUUACAUUUGUGAUGUUUAAAUUAUGGAAGAUAUCCGUAUGUUUAUCUGAAAUGAGCUAAAAUAAUUUCUACAUUAUUUGGUACUUUUAACAUGGAAAGAGUUACUAACGUUUACCUAACAGAUUAUAUUCCAACUAUCUAUACUAGUCCUCGAACUAUACUAUACACACAAAAUGGCAAAGAAAAAAGCUCUAAUAUUUUUGCUGAAAGAAAUGGAGUUAUAAUAAUAGUAUAUAAUAGUACAAGGGAUGUUUUAGUACUAGUCAAACAGUUUAGACCUUCUGCAUAUAUCCAACAGGUUGCAGAAGAUGAAAGGUAUAGUGAAGUAGACACUAAUAAAUAUCCUGUGAAAUUAGGUGUAACUAUAGAAUUUUGUGCUGGAUUAGAAGAUAAACAUAUGACAUCAGAAGAAAUAGCAAGGGAAGAAAUUCUAGAAGAAUGUGGAUAUGAAGUUACUGUUGAUCAGCUUGAAAAAAUUGGUGUUAUAAAAAAUUUGACAGAAACCACUGGAGCUAACUCAACUUUGUACUAUUGUGAAGUUACUGAUGCUAUGAGAAAAAACAAAGGAGGUGGGGUUGAUGGAGAAAAUAUAGAAGUUAUUGAAAUGCCAGUUGAGGAAGUUAUUACAUAUGCCAGUAAUUCUAAUUAUGUACCUUCAUCUAUUAAUUUUAUGUAUGGGUUAUAUUGGUUUCUUUACCAUAAAUAUAAGAAAGAUUUAAAAUGAUUAUUUGAUAGGAAGCAAUCCUUUCCUGUCAUUUAUUAAUUUCUUAUUAGUUUUAAUAUAAAUUUUUAGUCUGUGCAAUGAUAAAUUGAUACUAUUUGUUCAUUUUUUGAGCUGGAAAAUAUUCGAGAACCAUAUUUUUAUGUAAGGUACUAAGUAAAUACAUACUUUUCAAUGAUAUAACUUAUUUCACGCCAGUAUGAGAAAAUUUGUCGUCUUGAGCUUCCAGCUGAGAAUAGUCUUCCCUUUAGGCACAGGGGUUUUUUGGCCUUCUUUGACGAAAUUAAACUUUAUAACCAUGAGUGUUAAUAGACUAUUUGACUUUAUUAACACUCAUGGUGGUUUAUUAGCCCUUUCAGCCCUGAAUUAAAAAUUGUAAGGAAAAUUUUUUUCUGGAUUAGUGUACCUUUAUUAAAGUAAUUAAACAUAUACAUAUCGGUUCUGCAAAAAUAUGUGACCAACAGGAUUUACAAAUAAAAUCGAUAGCAGGAUAUAACAUACAUUUAUUUUACAUCAGAUAGAGAUUUGUUGUGUUUGUUUUGAGUGUGUUGAGGAAAUUUUUCAUAUUGAAUAUGGGAUUUAAUGGGUUUGGCCCUGAUAUAGGACUUACUCCUCUGCAGGGUUGGGGAUUGUGGUGAAGAUAGUGUGAUUUGUACCGUUGAGGUUAAAAAAUAAAAUAAUAAUUUAAACAGAGUGAAAGAAAGGAACAUCCAAAAAAACGGUUCUUCUCAGAGUUAUGUGUUUUUUCGUUACUUUUUUGUUUAUUUUUGUAUUUUUUUGUUUAAUUAGGAGUAGCUAAGUGAGCGGGUACAGCUGCGGCUGCAUUAUUCCCCAUCGUUGGCCAAUUGGGUGGUGAACCAGUUCACCACGUUACAAGAAAACCGCAGGAAACCUGCAACGCCGACGAUUUAUUUUACAUGAAAUAAUUUGAAACAAUUAUUUGCUGACGAUAUAUAAAGUCUGUUCUUGUAUGCAAAUCACCAAUUCUUAGUACUCAACGGUGCAAAUUUGGAUUCCGUAGAGGAUUACAAUUAAAAAUAUAUGAAGGUUAUGUAAUUAUGUGACCGUCAGGGCCGAAAGAUCAUAAAAGUUUCUUCAAAUAUGUAUAUAAUCAUGUUUCCAAGCAAAAUUUUUAUUAAAAAAUGUUGUUAUGGUGUUCUCAAAGCACUAUUAGCUUUUAUUACUAGAUGUUUAAGAUAUGAGGAUUGAUGGGCAAACUUCUGUAUAUAUACAAACAUAAAAAGUACUAAGAAUUUAUUUCUUUAUUUCCUCAUAAUAAUAUAAAAUAGGUAUUGUUCAAGUUACCUAGAUCUGAAAAUCUUAAAAGAUGAUUACAAAUAAGUUAUUUUGAACAUGUGGCGAUUUGCAGCCCGUCAAAAUAUAUUUGUAUGCUUCUAAAUAACAUUUAGUUAAUAGAUAUCCAGAGUAUG